AUGCAGAUCGACUGGCAAUACAUCGUUAUCGAACUACUUACCUACAUAGUCUUCUGCAUAGUGUACAUCUGGACGACGGUUCUGUGGCUAUUAGCGAAGAUCCCACUCUGGCCGUACAUCCUCACCGGUGGAUGGUGGCCCUUCCGACGCAAGACCAUACCAGAACCCACAUCUUCGGAGCACACAUUGCCCCCUCACGCGUUGUCGAGCAGCGUCUAUCACAUCGCCGACACCGACACGACAGCCGAAGAAACGGUACUGAAGGGUCCCUUCCCAGAACACAUCCGUGCCGCUCUGGCAGAAAUCGACUACGCUAGCCCACACCUCGUUCACGCGAGUCACUUCCUCCAGAAAGCCAAUGCUUGGAACGAGGUAGGAACCUGGGUCGCUGCUGUCACCGGUCUCAACCCGGAGAUCACAAAGAUGCGGAAGCAGGUCUUGGGUACGAUCAAGGAGUGUAAGGGGCUGUUGCAGUCGUGGUUGCUGACGCUUAGGGAGACGCUGCACUGUGUGGAGAGGCGGAAGAUGAAGGCGUGGGGUUCAGGAUUGAACUUGGAAGUGGUGAGUGUGGAAGAUUUGGAGGAGGAAGUCUGGGAGAUGAAGAACGACGUCGAUGCCUGGACGGGGGUUCUGAGGGGUUUGGUUCAGGUAGCGCGUGAGGUUGCUGCGAGCUGGUUCACACGGGACUCGGCUGAUGCCUCAGCGCCGCCUGACUACGUUGCCAGCGAGGUCGAGGCACGAGUCGCGCGUCAGAUGGCGCUUAUCUGGACGUCUAGUCUGAACACCGUCCUCGGUGAUUUCAAGGUCGGUAUUGAUGCGGCCGCCGGGGACUCUGGAGGAUUCUAUACGUUUUUGACGCUAGAGGGCGACGUAGUCCCUGCCUGCGAAGUCGCGAAGUUCGUUCCGCGAGAGUGUCUGCCCGUCGACUGGCUGCGUCGGCCAGCGGCGAGAGAGAAGCCGGCGCUGUUGAGUCGAGCGCGAUGGAGAGGCGUCUUCUCCCGCUAG